CCUCUUAACUGGAAACAUUGAAGAAAUGAAGGCCUUGCUUAGCUUAUUCAUGGCUUUGGUUGUCGUCAAGGCAGCUCAAAUACCACUUCUGAAACCUUCACAUCCUUUCAAUUUUAAACGCCUCGAGUAUUCUGAUAAACAAACCCGGAUCGCUAAUGGGCAGCAAGCAUCUGAUGGGCAAUUUCCCUUCUACGCUGCCAUCGACAUCCCUCCAGGAUAUUUCUGCGGAGGGUCGAUCAUCAGCAGUCGAUGGGUUGUUACGGCAGCUCAUUGUGCUGUUUCAGGCGAUUCUUUUAACAUUAAUGUAGGGGAGGUAGCCAUUUUCUGGGGGACCACUUACUAUUCCGAAGUGAAAUACAUACAUCCUAAAUAUGACGACCUGGUUGCCAACGAUAUCGCUUUGCUUUAUGUAAGCAGUGAUAUCAUAUUUACAGGAAAAUAUGUUCAGCCUAUUAAUCUACCAAACAUCGGAGAAUCGAACCUGUUCGAAGAUUACCCUGUAGAAAUAUUGGGACACGGAAAAACUACUGAAUACGAAACUGGAACUACGCCAUAUUUGAUGUACGCAAGCGUUUCAGUAAUGUCAAACUCAGCCUGUGCCCAAUAUUUUGGACGUUACAUAAUCGACUCAGUCGUGUGUACCCAGGGACAAGCAAUGGAAACCACCUGCUCCGGAGAUUCAGGUGGUCCUGUAGUUUACGAUAAUACACUAGUCGGAGUUAUUUCAUUCGGCUACGCAUGUGGAAACAUUUAUCCGUCUGGGCAUGCUCGUGUCACCAGUUUCCGCCAAUGGAUUUCGGAUGUUUCUGGAGUGUAG